CACAACACUACAACAAUUUUAGGCAUUUACGACAACAACAAAAAUGGUGGAAAGGAAAAACGUGUCGUAUGAAGGAUUAUAGUGUAGUUGGUUGACCGAAACACUGCGACUCGUUUGCUACCGCACAUCCCGUACGAGACAGAAACGAAAUAAAUAUACAUGCUGAGGGUGACAUAAUUUUAAACGAAAACAAUUAUGUCGUAUAUUUCUACCUACCCACUUACUGUAUCGGACAUUUGUGUUCCUGUUAAAUUGGAAUAUGAAUCCAGUGAGUUGACUGUUGAUGAACCAUGGAUAUUCGGAGCGUUCUUCCUGGGACUUCUUGUCGGAAUUGUUAUAACAGCUCUACUGGUGCCAUGUUGUCUGCGGGGUUUGGCCAAGAAAAAGAUUCUUUUCUUGUCAUGUUUAUGGAGAAAGAAGUCACAAGAUGAAGAGGAGUUACUGGAUGAGAAGGCCGUACAUAUCAAUAAGGAAGGCACAGAUGUGAUAUAUGCUUACAAUGUAAGAGACAAACAAUCAACAAAAAAAUUAAAAUUUGGGAAGAAGAAAGGAAGAAGGGCAAAGAGAGGAGAAGAUGAUGAGGAGGAUGAAGACGAUGAGAUAGGCGCUGAUGCUGAUGUAGAGAAGCCUCCAUUGGACCCCGCUCUUACUCAUGGUAUCGGAGACAUCCUCGUACAGAACACAAUAGAAGGAGCAGAGGCAGAAAUGAGUAAACAGGAUGUUGACAAGGUGGACAGAGUGACACGGGAUCUCCGUCGGGAGAAAGACGAUAUGUUCCUCAAGCAGUUGAAGAUGCAAUUACGAAGGAUGAAGGUUGGAGAUGUUAGUCUGUCAGAGAUCGUAAACAACGUAAUGGAGGACCUGGUCAGUAAGGCUAAGAUGUACCAGGACGAAAAACAGGAAGUGGAAGAUGAGACGCGACGACAGAUGAGUAAAGACAAGAAUCCGGCUGCUGUACAAACCGAAGUGGACAAACUUGACUCGCAACUCGAACAGAAGCUUGUCAAGUUACAUGAGGAUGAACGUGACUUUAUCAGACAGGAACUGUCUAAACGCACUGACCUAAAGGAUGAUGAGAUUGAGGCUCUUAUGGCUGCCUUGCUGAAGGAUAUGGCGAACCUGGAGAAGAAGCUAGGAAACGAGUUCUUAAGACAGAAUAGGAUGUUGGAGGAACGUCUUGCCAAGAGGAGACAAAUUUUGGAGUUUCGUAAGUUACAAGAUCAGCAGACCAAGGAAGAACUUAAAGAUAACGUAGAGGUGAUGGAGGAGGCGGUCAAGGACAUGGUCAACAAUAAAGAUAUGAGUUCUAAAGAGGCCACUCAGCUCAUCAACCAGUACAUGCUGGACCUUACAAAACUACAUAAUCAGCACGAAAAAGAAUCUGACAGACAACUGGCGGAUUUAGCAGAUAAACUGAGGACUAAACGGUUGAAACGUAUGAGUCAGCUUCAAACUAAACAUGAGCGGGAGAGGGCCAUUCAAAAGGAGAAACUAGAACGAGGAACUGAAACUGACUUCUCUCAGGGCUACCAUGACCUUCUACAGAAACAACGGACAGAAACGGAUGUCACCGAGACAGAGAUAGACCAACAGGAAUUACAGGCCGUUGAUAAUCUCAAACAGAAACUUACAAUGGGCGAGGCCACACAGGUGAACAUUCGCACACAGAAGAUACAGCAACAGCUUGAGUCCUACGGACAAGACUCUCGCAAGGCUGAACAGAUCAUUGACCUUCACAAAGCUCGUAUGGACCAGCUGAAUGACAAACGGAUGGACGAAAGAAACCAUAUGGCUGCCAAACUCAGAGAGAGGUGGGAACAGAGAAUGCAGCAACUAGAUGAACAGGAGCAGCAAUCAUUUGUGGAGAAGGAAACAAUGAAUGAACAGCAGAAUCAGACGGUCAAUCGUGUACUGUCCACUAGUGUGGAACUGACCGAUGAGGCCAAGAAGAAGAUUAUUAGGGAGCAUCAGCACAACAUGGAGGUACUGAAUAAUCAGCUGGAUAAGAGUAAAUUACGUCAACAGAGAAAUAUUGAGUUUCGUCUAAAUGAGCGACGAGCCAAGAUGGCUGCCCUGAGGAAACAGAAGGAGGAAGCCAUGGCCAAUAAGUCGAAGGCCAGCAAGGAAGAGAUGGAGAAACUGGAGAAGCAGCUGGAGGACGAAAUAGCCUUAGAGCAACAGAAUAUUGAAAAGGAAAGGGCAGCUGCUCUCCUGGAGCUUCGCCAGAGACUAGCCACUGAGACAGAGGAGGCUCUAGCUCAGGGGGAGAAGGAACUCAGCAUUCUGAUUGGUCGAAUGGAGGUGGGAUCGGCCAGGCGACAGUUGGUUCUACAGAACCAAGACACAAUGCUCCUGUCACUACAGGAACAACUGGAGACUAAGCUUGCUAAGGGUGGUGUUCAGCUGUCAGGGGCUGACCAGAUCAUACAACAACACAACAACCAGGUGGACAACCUGAACCAGCAGCUCCAGGCCAGUCGGGAGGACCAGGAAUACAACAUCCGAGAGAAAAUACAGGCAAUGAAGCUGCAGAAGGAGAGUGAGUUGGAAAGACAAAGAGAAUUGCAAGAAAAGAUUGUAGUGGAAAAGCAACAGAAAAUGGGUGGAUCUAUACGAAGAAGAGGGGCUAGUAAAGCUAGCGAUGUACUUGGUACCCUGUACAUGCAGCAGAAACAUAAACGAGAAAUACUCCAACUCGAGGAAGAUAUGAAGAUCGAAUUAGAACGAAGCAAGGAGGAACUCAACCGACAGUUACAGCUGGAGCUUGAGUCCGAGCUCAAGAAUCAAAAGCAGCAGUUUAUUACACAAUUAGCGGCUACUAGUGGAAUGUCUAGAGAUGAUAUACAGGACACUGUGGAUUCUGCUAACAAAGGAGGCAAUAAAAAACAAGCACGUAGACUUGCUAAGGAACUGAAGGAUGGAAUGGACAGAGCAAAGACUGACCUAGCAAUGGACCAAUAUAUCGAUGAACAUGACACCAGACCAAGUAGUCGGUUAUCCCGCCCAAGCUCCGGUCGCCCUCGAUCAGGAUCCUCUGAUGGCGGACUUCGACCAAAAAGUGGACUGAAGAAGAAAAGCAAACGGUCAUCUGUAGCGCCAGCUACAGAGUCAUGGGGUCCGACUGAUAGUUACAAACUUUACAACGAUGAUGAUUUCUAGAUGAUAAAAAUCAUAAUACAUAUAUUAAAAAAAUCAAAAUUUGAAAACUUUGCUCAAGAUGGACCUGUGACUUAACGUCUAGAGUGGUGAUUAUUAUAUUCUCCAAUGAAGGAUUUAGUGGUGUUGACUUCUUGGAAUUACAAUAAUUUAUAAUUUAGAAGAAAAAACAAACAGAAUACAAACAAAAGAAUAUAUUCACCAAAAGUUUUAUAUUAUUAUGUGAACACCUUGGCAAGUCUUAUGGGAUGUACCAGUAAGUUAGAUUUUUAGUGUAGAAAACUUGAGAUAGACCACCCCUUUAGAAUGACCACAUUCUCUAUAUUGGUGAAGGUAACAAAAGAAACCCCUUCCAUUUCCUGAAGGAAGAUUUUAUUUUUUGCCAAAUUCUCUAGUACCACCAUUACAGUAAAUGUACCGGGUAUAUACAUGUAAUUCAUUUUUUACUUCAACAAAAUUUAGAAUAUUUACACAGGGAAAUACAUCGUCUUUAUUGUGGUUAGAUUUUGAUAAUCUGUAAAGAAUGAAGGACAAGUUUUCUUUGCAUUUCUGAUAUCUAAUAAAGGCAUAGAGUUUUUAUAACUAUUUACAUGUAAUGUUUCUAUAUUUUUCUUAUUUUCUUAAUAAAUCCAAUCAUAAAAUGUUAUUUAGUCCUACUAGAUGAAAACCAGUGCUCAAAUGAUUUGAAAAAAUCUUUUACAUGUAAUAUUUUAACACAACCUUACAAAAAAGAAACAAUUAUCAAACUGUUUUCUAUUUGAUGUGAUGAAUAUAGUUAAGAAUUGGACAAAUUACUGAUGCCUUCAUAAGGAAACCUCAUUUCAUUGUUAUGGUGUAUGUUUUACCUGGAUAGGCGUUGUGUGGAAGUGUUGUCCUAUCUAGAUAGGCAUUGUAUGGAAGUGUUGUUUAUAUCUAGAUAGGCAUUGUAUGGAAGUGUUGUUUAUAUCUAGAUAGGCAUUGUAUGGAAGUGUUGUUUAUAUCUAGAUAGGCGUUGUAUGGAAGUGUUGUCCUAUCUAGAUAGGCGUUGUAUGGAAGUGUUGUCCUAUCUACAUUGUAGAUAGGCGUUGUAUGUAAGUGUUGUCCUAUCUAGAUAGGUGUUGUAUGUAAGUGUUCUUUAUAUCUAGAUAGGCGUUGUAUGGAAGUGUUCUUUAUAUCUAGAUAGGCAUUGUAUGGAAGCAUUGUCCUAUCUAGAUAGGCGUUGUAUGGAAGUGUUGUUUAUAUCUAGAUAGGCGUUGUAUGGAAGUGUUGUUUAUAUCUAGAUAGGCAUUGUAUGGAAGUAUUGUUUAUAUCUAGAUAGGUGUUGUAUGGAAGUGUUGUCCUAUCUAGAUAGGCGUUGUAUAGAAGUGUUGUCCUAUAUCUAGAAAGGCGUUGUAUGGAAGUGUUGUCCUACCUACAUGUAGAUAGGCGUUGUAUGGAAGUCUUGUCCUAUCUAGAUAGGCGUUGUAUGGAAGUGUUGUCCUAUAUCUAGAAAGGCGUUGUAUGGAAGUGUUGUCCUAUCUAGAUAGGCGUUGUAUGGAAGUGUUGUCCUAUCUAGAUAGGCGUUGUAUGGAACUGUUGUUUAUAUCUAGAUAGGCAUUGUAUGGAAGCGUUGUCCUAUCUAGAUAGGCAUUGUAUGGAACUGUUGUUUAUAUCUAGAUAGGCAUUGUAUGGAAGCGUUGUCCUAUCUAGAUAGGCGUUGUGUGUAAGUGUUGUCCUACCUGGAUAGGCGUUGUAUGGAAGUGUUGUCCUAUCUAGAUAGGCGUUGUAUGGAAGUGAUCAGUUUACUAUUGUCCUUGUUUAAGAUAAUGAUUUGAUCUAUUUUUCCCAGCAAUACUUUUUAGAAUUAUAUACAAACUGAUGAUAUUUUGAUCAUAAUCAUUUUUAUCAUUGAUGCUUACUUGUGCUACAUGUACAUCUGUAUGAAUGUGGUACUAUAGUGCCUCUACUGUGAUAGAUCUGUGAUAAUCUGUGAUACCACACAAAUUCUUACCUUGUAAUCCUCGCAUGAUUGAUUUUUAUGAGACACAUGAUCAUGACCUUAAUUUGUGUUGUAAAUUUUAAUACCAGUUUGCAUAAAACACGUUUUUGUAUAUUUUCUUAUGAAAUAGAGCAUUUUUUGAGUGCGUUUUUGGUCAUGAGAUGAUGAGACCUUCCAAUUACAUUUCUUCUUUAUAUAUAGGAAAGAAAAUAGGAGAUCAGUGAAAUUUGGUCCAUUAAUUGAGAGUCCAAAGGUCAACUUCACAACUUAAUGUCUAAGUAAUGAACAUAUAAAUUAGAGUAACCUUGUGGUUAUUUUUAUUGUGUCAAAACAAUCGUUUAACAAUUAACAAAAAAUGAUUUGGUUCUGUACACAAACUCUCAAUUGAUUUAAAAUAUAGGAUUAAGUAUGUGUACAGUGUAAGUAAAUGUGAUAUCCUCUAUGCUGUACAAGGUAUACCUGUUGCAUUGACACAACUUUUAACCUAUCAAAUAAUAUAAAAACUGUUACCCUAUAGUCGUACCGUGUAUUCUCAUUAGUCAUACCGUGUAUUCUCAUAAGAAAUGGCAGUCAAGUUUAUAGAACUGAAAAUUCUGCAGGAAGCUUUAAGGUGAUUGCUUUAUCAAUGUUCAAAAUAGCUAGCUAUGAAAACAAAACAAAAAACUCAUAUAAUGUUCAACUAUAUAGUGUACGUAUGUGCACUGCAUGUAACGGAACAUUUUGUUAAUAGUCAACAUUACGCAACUUUAAGAUCUCUACCUGUGGUUUUUUAAAACUUAUAUUCUAUUUGGUUGUUAAGUAAAUGCAAUAUUCAUUGCAUUAUCUUGUAUUUAUAUUUAUUGUAAUACUUUGAAAAAACAACAGCAGUUUGAUCUGUUUUCCCUAACACCAAUAUAUUAAAUGUUUUUUUUUUUUAUUUUUAAACAAUCGCCAGUUGAAUUAACCAUUCUGUCUUAGUUUUGUAUGAAGUACAUUUUUGUAUUAUGUCAAAUAAAAUGUGAUACUUGUGCGUUACAAAAAAUGCAUACUGUGUAGUUGGUACAUGUAUUCACCAGGGGAUUUAAUUUCGCUAAAUAAUUAGGUCAAUAAAUAUAGUUCAAGGAAACAUCAGUAGCCGUAUAUAAGCCGUAUAUAUAUGCACACAAAUUUAAUAUUGCACGAAAUUUAAUACCAGCCAGGUAGGAUUGACCAAAAACGUGAUUGACGUGAAAUAAAACAACUAUAGUGUAAUGCAUUAAGAUGUUAGAGAAAUUCUGUUGAAAAAGAUGAGCCAUGAACGUGUUUUCUAUGUUGCAAGUACCACAUGCUGACAAGACCUUUUGUGUUGUAAGAGAUGUAGUGUUGAGAACGAGAUGCUGUUACAACAUGUAGACAUAUCUUCAUUCAUCAAUAAUCUGUUGUAUUGUUAAAUAUACAUAGUAACUGAUUUUUUCUACAAGUGAAUAAAUUAAUGUUAAAUACCUGUCAAAA